AUGAGCUUCCAAAAUUUCCGCCUGGAGGGGACACCCAUUCAGCACUUUUCAGACCCACAACAACAAACGCCGCAUAAUUUCGGUCCUCCAGCUGGGACGACCAUCGAAUUCCCCAUACCCCUCGGUCACAGUCCUGGCUCGGACCUCCAGAUACAAUUCCAGACUAAUGCUCAGCCUGGCGGAUCGUCGAGGGGGCCUUAUGGUUCGGGGGAUAUGAAUGAUGGAUACACGUUGGUGUUCCAAAAUAUGGAGGCCUUCGAGCAGUGGAGGAGUAAGGAGGAAGAGGAGAAGAUGGUUGAGUUUGUCAAGGGGGACACGCAUGGGUCCAAGGCCGUUCCUCCUCGGUUCAAGGACCACGUCAAAUUGGUCUGCGCUCGUCAUUCGAGGAGUGGUAGGAAGAAGUACGUGAAGAAGUUUCCCGACCGAGUGCGGAAAGUUCCCAGUCGCAAGCUCGAUGGCAAGGGGUGUGCUGCCUCAAUCAGCUACAAGACCUAUUUUGAUACAGAGGAGAUCCGUGUUUGCUACGUAUCUCAACACUCUCACGAGAUUGGCCUGGCGAACCUCCCAUACACUCGGCGUGGUCGACGCGAAGCUGCAGGUCGACCCCGAGAGUCUACAGCUGAUCCAGAUGAUGACAGCCCAUCCCAAGAGCUCGCAUCUACACCCAGCGUCCCUCGUGCUAUAGCACCAGCCUCGCCUCCUAUGCGAGCCCAAGCUCCUCAACACCCAGCCUCCUUCGCAUCACCUUAUCCUCACUUCCCCUCCAUGUCGAUGCCCGUCCCCGUCGGGUUCGGAGCAACGCCUCAAAUGUCUGGAGGUGGGGAACGGGAGCGUAUUGAACGAGAGCGUUGGGAUAGGAUGGAGACGCUGUUUCAGGGCAUACGGAAUAAUGCUCGUCAGUUCGAGUAUCCCCCGCCAUCGGUUGCCGCAUUGGAGAGCGUUUUGAUGCGGAUGUAUUUCGAGAGCCCAUUGCAGCAUCCACAGAUGGGAAUGCCGAUGCAGCCGAUGCAGAUGAUGCAACCACCGCACCCGGGCGCGAUGGUUGCACAAGGUCAGGAGCAUAUGAACGUGAAUGGAGGCCAAGGGGAGAUGCAUAACAGUAGUGUGAGUGGCGAGGAGGGCGAAGGGUCGUAGUACCGGUGAACGGAACAAUUUCUCGUGAUCGCAAUUGUAUAUCUUCGUCGUGAUUUUUCUUUUAGCAUAUUGUAUAUAAUGACGAUUCUGCCUUCUGGUACUAUUUACUAGCGCCUCUAAG